CACACACGAGGGGGUUUUCAGUCCACGAACAUACGCGAUCAGGUCCACCUCGAAAACUGAAUAGUAACAAACAACCGUUUGACUGACGAGAUGAUUCAAUCGUGCAAGUUAAACUAUUAUGCAGUGCGCAGAGUGUAAUCGCCAAAAUUUUAUGUAACCAAAAGUUAACUGCAGAUUCUGUUAAUUGCUCAUUAAAACGAACACAUCAUACGUAAUAAUGAAACCUAGAAGAUUAGCCAUAUCGCGAGCUUUUGUUUGUUGCUCGAAUAUAAUUUUUUUGAUGUCGGGUUUUGUAUUGAUGUCAUUGGGAGGAUUAUUAUUAGCCGACAAUGAAAGAAUUCUAUUAUCACGUCUACUAGGACCUGGUGACAUACAUCCUGAUCAACCACUUUUUUAUUACUUGGCAUUCGCUAUAGUUGCACUAGGAUUUCUCAUCGCAAUUACCGGGCUUCUCGGAUGCUGGGCGGCUUGUCUCUUUAAUCGCUGCAUCACAGUCUCCUAUCUCGUGACGAUAAUCUUGCUCCUCUUUGGUGAAUGCACGGUGUGCGUUAUCGCUGUCUUCUGGCCUCAUAUCUUGGGGAUCGAUGUGAGACCAGCGCGUCUGAUACGCGCUUUACAACGCAGUUAUGCUGUUCCUGGACGCGAACAAUUCACAGCGGCCCUUGAUCUUGCACAAACGACGUUUGCUUGUUGCGGCAUAAACGGAAGCAGCAAUUACGGCACGUCGUGGUGGCGGCUGCAGGAAGUCGGCCGAAGAGAAUUAGUAGUGCCUCUCAGUUGCUGCACCCUGAAUAACGCCAAUGAGACGGACUCCUUCCUCAACCCCGAACCUGCCAAUCUCACUUUCUGUCAGGCUCUGAACCCUGCCGAACAUCAAUAUGCCCGACACAUAGUGGGCUGUCUGGAACAUAUCGAGAAGUGGACGCAAGAUCAGGCAUUGAUUAUGCUGGCUAUUAUAUUAGGCAUCAUGGUUGUCGAAGUUACUGCGCUUUUCAGUAUAUUCUUCGCUUGCUCUCGAGAAAGAAACAGGAGAAGCAAAUCGCAAGCGUCGACUUUUACCUCCACGCAAACUUUAAGCCCAUUCACUGAAAGCGAGCACGACUUUAGUAUAGGAAUCGAGAACAGAAUGCACACGGCCGGAACGACGUUUGGUGCCAAAUCAUGAAGAUGGCUGGAGGGCAGCGAAGGACGGACAGUU